AUGGAAAAGGAAGGACUACCCCAAUACUCCGAGGUCGUCAGACCAUGGGCAGACCGCCGUCGCAAACGCCGCAUCUUUCGACUGGUGGCAGCCUCAUGUCUAUCUUACUUUGCAUACUCGGCAUACAAGAUCUCUGCAAACACUGAAAAGCCAGCCAGUCUUCUCUCUGCUACUCGCUUGCAAGAAGAUCUUGCUACCUGUGCCGUUCUUCAAAGAGUCCCCGAGGCUCCAUCUGGCGGACGUGAAUACAACAAGCGUUACGUGAACGGCACCAAACCUGUGCUGAUUCAGAAUGCCACUGUUUGGACUGGAGAGCCUGUUUCAGGAGCAAGUGCAGAAGAUGUCCGUACAGGAAAGGGCUUUGCCUGGAUUCAGUCGGAUGUAUUCAUCGAGCACGGCCUUAUCAAGAAAGUCGCACCAUCCAUCUCGCUUGCAGACCUGCCUUCGGAAUACGACACUUCUAAUGCUCAUGGACGUCAGCUCACAGCCGGUAUCGUUGACAUGCACAGUCAUGCUGGUCUCGGCAGUCUCGGAGGUCUUCAAGGAGAUGAGAAUGAGCUCUCCAGUGACAUAACUCCCUAUGUCAAGUCUCUGGACUCCUUGGACCCGCUGCAUCCCGAGAUCCAAUGGAUCAAGUCUGGUGGUGUCACCACAUCGCUACUUCUUCCUGGCUCUGGAAACAACAUUGGUGGAGAGGCGUUCCUUGUCAAGCUUGCCGUCGGUAAGGAGGGUGGCCGUGCUGAGCUCAGUCAGCAAGACAUGUUGGCUGAUCCUGACCACACUUGGAGAUAUAUGAAGAACGCCUGUGGUGAAAACCCUAAAAGAGUCUAUGGCAAGGUUGGUGAGAGAGGUCCUUUCAGCCGCAUGGGUGAAGGCUGGGAGUUCAGACACGCAUACGAACAGGCAAGAGACUAUGUCAAAGCUCAAGACGACUGGUGUGCGGCUGCGAAAUCAAUCGGUGCUGAGAAGAUGAACAGCUAUCUGCCUCAGAGCCUCGAGUGGGAAAACCUGGGCGCUGUUCUCAGGGGUCAAGUGCGCGUGAACACGCACUGCUACACCAUUCCCGACCUCGAGAUGUAUGUGCGUCUCACCAACGAGUUCAAGUUCAGAGUCUACGCCUUCCAUCACGCCCACCAAACUUACCUCGUACCUGAUGUCCUGAAGAGAGCUUACGGCGGCACACCUGCGGCUGCACUUNUUGGAGACAACAUGUACUACAAGGUUGAGAGCUACAGAGCUUCAGAACAGUCCGGCAAGAUUCUAUACGAGAAUGGUAUCACGCCAGUGUACGUGAGUGACAAUCCAGUCAUCAACUCUCAGCAUGUAAAGCACGAAGCCGCCAAGGCCUAUGGUUAUGGUCUUCCUUAUCAUGCUGCACUGAACGGUCUGACCUCUGCUCCUGCUGAGUUGCUAGGCAUGGGAGAAAGACUUGGCAAGGUCAAGCCUGGUUUUGAUGCCGAUAUCGUUGUCUGGGACUCCGAUCCGUUGUCUCUUGGUGCUGCACCUCUUCAGGUCUGGAUUGAUGGUGCUCCUCAAUUCAAGAAUCCUGUGGAACUUAAGAAGCCUCUGACCUCUCCAAUCAAGCCUGACCUUCUACUUGCAGAAGAUCAUGAGGAAGUCGAGUCGGACAAGGAUGUCGUGUUCACUGGUGUUACGAACAUUCGUAUUCCUGGCUUGGCCUCAUCUUCGGAGCUCAAGGGUCCUGCCACUGUAGUCGUGUCUCAAGGCAAGGUCGUUUGUGCUGGGUCUUGCGAUGCAGAGGCACGCAUUGCGACUAAGAGGAACGCUCGCACUAUUGCUUUGCGUAAUGGAUACCUCACUCGACCACUUACCGCCUUCGGCUCUAAUCUGGGUAUGCAAGAGAUCAUGCAGCAGCCGCAGACCUACGAUGGUCGUGUCAAUGAUAAGGUCUGGGCACGAGCAGUUGAUGGCCUUCUUCUUGACGGCAAGAAUCUCUUUGCAGCUUACCGUCAUGGUGUCACCAGGGCUAUCUCAGCACCAAUUGCUUAUGGUGGCGCAGGUAUAUCUCUUCGUGGUAUCUCUGCCGGUUUCUUGACUGGCGCGAAGACUCCGAUGAGUAAGGGUGCCAUCUUUGCUGAGGAAGCAGCAGUACACUACGAUCUCACUUUGAAAGCGAAGGGUGAAGCAAACCCGUCGAUCUCAAGUUUGGUAGCCGACUUGCGUCACAAACUCCUCGAGGCAGUCCAAAACAACGAGACCAUUGCUGAUUCUUUCUCGGAGGCUGCAUCUCUGAAGAAGGUUGUAGAAGGCAAAUCCGCUCUUGUAUUGAGUGUGCAUAGCGCAGAUGCCAUUUCUGCUCUUCUCAGAUUGAAGUCGACUGUAGAAUCUGCCAGCAAGACUUCUCUCCGUCUGGUUGUCCUCGGGGCUGCUGAAUCUCACCUCGUCGCCAAGGAACUCGCAGAUGCAGAAGUCGCAGUUGUCCUGGCUCCAUUGCUUCCCUGGGCACAAUCUUGGGACCAACGCCGCUCACUUAUGGGUGCUCCGCUCCACAACGGCACAGCUAUUGAUGUGCUUUUAGAUGCAGGUGCUCGUGUCGCCAUUGGUGUUGACGAGAUUUGGGAGACUAGGGACUUGGGUCUUACUGCUGGUAUUGCUCUCAAGAACAGUGAAGGUAGAUUGACCGAGCAGCAAGCCUUAGACCUCGUCAGCACAAACUUCUACGACUUCUUGGGCUUGGAGAUGCCGGAUGCUGGAAGCGAGUUUGUGGUUUAUGAAGGAUCGCCGCUUGAGAUUGGAGGAAGGGUUGUUGCUAUCGCAGAUGGGUCGGGUAAGACUGAGGUCUGGGUGUAG